CUUCCGUUUCCUCUCCGUCACUGCCACACAGAUCUGAGUUGGUUUACACUAUGAGAUAAAAAAUGAAUAACGUUACAUUGAUACCUGGCUCAACUCAAAAAGCGAACGAUUUGAUCUGCUUGUUGUAACGUGUGUGGCCGACGCCGCUAAACUUAGUGGUUUCCAUCUCCUGUUUAGACCAAUAUGAGCAACCUGUGUGCGUUUGCAUUCAGAGGAGUGAGAUUACAAAGUGCGCAGAGGGUCAAAUCUCGGUAGCUAGCGUUAACGUUAGCUCUGCAAAGCUGUGGCCCGCUCUGGUUGUGUCAUUCACGGGACAGGUACCUUUCAAUUAGACUCAGCACCAUGAAUUUGUUGCGUCUAGUGUGUCGCCACAAGACAGCCCUGGUCAUUGGCACUGUGUGCAGCUUUGCUGUAGUUCUGGUCUUCUUGGCCAGAUGUACCUCAGAAACCCUGAAACAAGGCCACCAGGAUCCUCCAGGCCUAGCCCCUCAUGCCAGUGCUUUGCAGUUUCAUCCAGAGCAGCAUAAUCCCCCCUCCACAUCCAAAGACUUGUCAUCCGCAUUCCUUGUGGUCCUCAUCACAACCGGCCCCAAGUACACAGAGCGGAGGAGUAUCAUCCGCAGCACCUGGCUGGUCAAGCGGGACUCCGAUGUUCUGGCCAUGUUUGUGGUGGGAACUCAGGGGCUUUCCAACGAGGACCUUCAGAAUCUUAACACAGAGCAAGGGCGGCACAAGGACUUGCUCUUACUGCCUGACUUGCGAGAUUCUUACGAGAACUUAACACUCAAGCUGCUGCACAUGUACUCCUGGCUGGACCAGAAUGUGGAGUUCAAGUUUGUCCUCAAAGCAGAUGAUGACACAUUUGCCCGCUUGGACCUCCUUAAGGAGGAGCUGAAGGGGAAAGAGCCCAACCGGUUGUACUGGGGCUUCUUCUCAGGGAGAGGGCGAGUGAAAACAGCUGGGAAGUGGCGGGAAAGCUCUUGGGAGCUUUGUGACUACUACCUGCCCUACGCACUGGGUGGGGGCUACAUCCUCUCGGCUGACCUGGUACGUUAUGUGCAUCUAAAUGCAGGCUACUUCAAGACGUGGCAGAGUGAGGACGUGUCACUGGGCGCCUGGCUGGCACCAGUGGAUGUUCGGCGGACGCAUGACCCACGCUUUGACACAGAGUAUAAAUCGCGUGGUUGCAACAACAAAUACUUGGUGACACAUAAGCAGAGCUUGGAGGACAUGUUGGAAAAACAUCAGACUCUGCAGCGUGACGGCAGGCUUUGCAAGGAGGAAGUCAAGCUACGGUUGUCCUAUGUGUAUGACUGGAGCGUGCCACCCUCUCAGUGCUGCCAAAGGAAGGAUGGCAUUCCUUAAUUUUUGUCCUUUUUACAAGGCUGAAGUUCUUCUGAUUCAUAUCUGCCAAGUCGGGUAGGGAUGUUUUUUUUUUUUUUUUUGACCAAUUCUCCAUUGUUACACCAUUUAAAGUUGUGUAACAGGUCCCAGACACCAUAAUAAAUGCCUUAAUGCUGUUAGAAACCCCAUUUCAGAUUUGAAGAUCCUUUUUUUUAAAUUGUGAGAACAAAAAAAGCUUGAUUUCACUGCCUUUUCUUCAUGUAGACCACAUAAGAGCAGGUCUAGCUCAAAAACACUUUAUGCAAUCUUUUUUUUUUUUUCUGUUUUCACCACUUUCACCAACUGGGUCACAGUCUUUAGAGUUUCCAUGUUCAUUUUAAACAAGUUUGGCAAAUUUAGGUAUAGUGGUUUUUGAGCUAAACCUGGUCUAAUGUGGUCUGGAUGGAGGAAAAGCAAUGACAUUUCCUUUUUUUCUGUCUUCACAAAUAGAAUAAAGGUUUCGCAAAUCUGAAAAGCCGCUUUAAACAGUCUCCGUGUUAAUCUAGUCCAGGUCUGACUAGUCGAAGUACAAUAGUUAUUUCGUUUUAGGUUUUUUAAAAUCUGGACCUGGUUUAAUGUGCUCUGGAUGGAGAACAAGUAAUUAAAUGUUUUCGCAGAAAGAAUGGGGUUUUAAACAACGUUAAAGCUUUUACUAUGACGUCUACUACCAGUUUCACAAUGUAAAGUGGUGUAACAACAGAGAAUUGGCAGGCAAAUAUUACCCCUUAACUCCUGAAUAGGAAGCCAACUUCAGCCUUGUUUCCUUUUUGACCUGUAAACUCUUUUGGCCUUGAUAUUUGAACCCAUGCUCAUGUCAGUGCUCUCCUUACGGCCAGUUUACCACGUUGGUGGCCUACUUGUCUCCUGUGCUUCUUCUGCUGUACCUCCUGCUAAAUAUUUUCCAACACUAUGAGACACAGUAUGUUUUAAGGUUAUUUCAGUGUUAUAGAUAGUACAGGGAAACACAGAAGGGAGAUUCUUACCCUGCCAUGUCUACAUUGUUUGUGAAAGCAAAUUUUUUUGUAUUUUAUUUAUUGUUAAUUUAUUCUGCAGCAAACACAACACAUAUUGAGUUGGGACAGAAGCACAGUGGCUGUGGUUGCUGCUUGUUAGUAGAAUUUGUAUUUAUAAAUGUGCUGGGGGGGGGUCACGUAUGAUUCACAGAAUUAAUGGACAAGAAAUGUUCACUUUUUAAAUGUAAAACUUUUGUUUACAGUCAACGGUACACAAGGUUUCAUGUGUUUGGAGAUGCAAAGAAUGUGUAAGAGAAAAUGGUUGAAUGUGUUUUAUUCAGCGGGCCUUCUUAUUCAUUAUACUGCAACAGUCUCACAUUAAAGUUUAGGUCAGUACAUUUACUGCGCAGAGUCAGAUUGAGAAACUUGAUAUAGACUAGCAGCUGGCACUUGGUCACUUUUUUAAUCAAGAAACAUCAUUUUAAAGUCCACGAAUCAUUAUUCAAUGAUUACUUCUUUUUUUCCUGAUGUUAAGCUCUCCAACCUGAACUUACCCUGUGAUGUCAGUGGCUGUGUCUCAAAACUUGUGAAAUGUGUACAGCGUUGAUUAAAGGGUACAAUGUGUUGGAGCACAAACAGUCGGGGAGUGCUGCAAAAAGAGCUACGUAUACGUCCAAGCUCAUUUUUAGAACUGCUGUUACGUUUUUGUGAAUGACAUGACUAUUUUCUCACUGUUGUCAGAUUCUGAUUCAAUUCAACUUCAUUUUUAGUGUUUGUUGUGACGUACAAGGUCAGCCUCCCUGGAUGUUUUAAUAAACAUUUUAAAUGUA